AGUGUGGGUUAUCACAUGAUCAACCUGGUUGGAUGAUGGUUGUGUGAUGGUGAUGAUUGAGAUGGUGACGUUGACGUCGAGAGUGAUGGUGGUGGUGAAGGAGAUGGAAAGCAAGUCGGACGUUAAGACUAUUAUGGCUCGCUUCAGCACUGGCAACAACAACACAAGCACUUCUGACCUGCCCUCCAACGCGACCGGACACCCUAAAACAGCCUUACACCCUACCCUCUCCUCCGGGCCUCCAAUCCACACCAAGAAGACUGUCCUGGAGACCAGAUCAGGCGGCGCCCUGUCAUUCCCACCCAAACCCAUCUUUACAAAGAGCAGCGUGACCAACAGUUCCCCGGAAGUGAGGGAACUGGCCAACACCAGAGCUAAGGCCAGCCUGUUCUCAGGCUCUCAGGACGACAGCAAGCCCUCCGUGGUCAAACAACACCCCUUCAAACUCAAAGCCACAGACUCUCCCUCCUCUUUCUCCUCACAAGACAUGGAGGCUAAAAUCCCUCCCUUUAAGCCUCUGAAGUCUCCCCCCAGUUUCACCGCACCAGAAACCAGGCCUGUCUUCCCCAAGCCCCCCCCAGCCUCUUUCCCCAAGCCCCCCCCAGCCUCUUUCCCCAAGCCCAGCCCUGGAGGAGCAGGCAAGCCUCCCUGGGUGAAGGAGGACAGCAACGAGGGCCUCUCCACCCCUCUCAGACCCCCCUUGCAGAAACCCCCCAGUUCUUUUGCUAAGCUACUCCAGCAGAGUGAGGAUGGGGGAGAAGCCGGUCUGGACCCCAAGCCUGUCAAUGGCUCUGCCCUCAAAAGCUCCACUGCUCGGACUGGUCAGAGCAUCUUCAAAAAGGAAGGCCAAUCGGACAACUCAGGGGGUAGGGAGUUCCCCAAACCCCCCCUAACCCCCAAUAACUCCACCCCUGUAGCACCACCAGCCAGUAAGAAGCCCAGUAUUGUGAGAAAACGCCCUGAGGUGAAGGAGGAUGAAAAUGCUGACCCCCUCUCUGUUCCUAAGAAGAACCCCCUCCCCAACAUAUGGGCCCUAGGAACCGCCCCCGCCAAGCCCAACCGCCCUCCCAGAGUCACUCUGGACAGCUUCAGGAGAGAGGCUGGUACUGAUGGUGCCACAGUUAAGAAGAGCACUGUGCCCCCUCCUCCCGCCUUCCAUCCGACCAAUCACAUGACUCCGCCUCCUCCCCCGCACUCUCACCCCGCCGCUCCCAUCCUGCCCCCUCGUCCCAUAAUUCAGCCCGAUCAAGAUGAGAACUAUGAUGAUAUUGGAGUUUCUAGACCAGAGCAGGGCGAUGGCAGCGAUGGGGAGAUGUAUGAGGACUUGGAUGAGCGCUGGGGCGCAGUAGAGUUGAAGGAGCAGGAGAAAAAGAAAGAGAAGGACAAGAAGAAACAGGACAUCGACAAGAAGGAACAAAAGGAACAAAAAGAACGAGAGAAGAAGGAACAGGAGGCUAGGAAGAAGUUCAAAUUUACUGGUCCAGUCCAGGUCGUCCACAGGGCCAAGGCCAGGGUGGACUGCAAAGGGGGGAGGACAGAUUUGGGGAUGAAACAAGGAGACACCAUCGAAAUCAUCCGUGUCCAGGACAACCCUGAGGGGCGUUGGCUGGGCCGGACCAAGGACGGAGCCUACGGGUAUGUGAAGACAGAGUUGGUGGAGGUAGAUAUUGAAAGUUUGAAGAGACAGGCAGCUUCUGACCCCGAGAUCUAUGAUGAUGUGGACUUCAGUGACAGGGGCCCCGCAGUGGUCCUGCCCCCUCCGCCUGAGGAGGAUGGGGACAUCUACGAUGACCUGGAAGACCCCAACUUCAUUGCCAGCCCCUGCAGCGCUCAGGAGUCCCGGGGUAGCCCUAAGACGAGCGCCCUCGUCCGCAUGUUGAAGGGUCUGGAGGACUGGAGGAAGAUCCCCAGAACCAAUACUCAUCUCCUGCCACCUCCACAGUUCUUACCUGAGGGGAAAUCUGCCGCAGACCAAUCAGAAGUUGACCAGGAAAUCUAUGAUGACAUCGACACACAGGGCGUCCCUCUACCCCCUCCUAUCAGCAGCCACCCUCUGAGGUCCAAGGAGAUUGACCCCAAGAAGUUGAAGAAGCUUGAGAAGGAGGAGAAGGAGUUCAGGAAGAAGUUCAAAUUUGACGGGGAGAUCAUGGUGUUGUACCAGGUGACUGUCACAGCCUCUCCAUCCACUAAGAAGGGGGGUGGUAAGGAACUCCAGUUGACCCCGGGGGAGAGCCUGGACGUUAUAUCCAAGGCUGUCGACAACAAACUCAUCUGUCGAAACAACGAGGGAAAGUUCGGCUAUGUCCAAACCAGCAAUAUUGUCGCAGAGGAUUCUGAUAUUUAUGAUGACAUCGAUGCCAGCGUUUAUGACAACGACUGAGAUCUAGAACCCUGGACCUGCAACAGCUGGUGAUUUUGCAGUUUCUCUUCAUUUUGUGCAGUCUUUAUCUUAUUUAUUGUGUUAUUGGGGUCUAUCAGGGCAAUGAUGCAAAAUAUCCUCAUGGCUUAAGUUUGACUUCUGGAUCCAAUUUAGUAUAAUGUAUUAUGUGUGUUUCUUUGCUGAAGAAAAAAAUAGCAUAAAUAAAUAAAGCAAAUAAAAUGUGGUGAGCAUCUCAUCUGUUUCAUACGUGGCGAGAAGUCAAAACUUCCUAUUAGGGGGUUUAAGACACAAUUAUCAAAUAAUUUCAAAUGUGAUAUUCUUAUAUUCUGUAAAUAAAGACAAAUGGAAUACGUAAA